CAUGGUCCCUUACUCCCUUAGUCCCUGUAAAUUUGAGGUUUAAGGGUUAAGCAAAAUAAAGAGGAUUUCUAAAGAUUUUUGCUGCAGAAGCCUCACUCGGAGCUCUUAAAACCUUCUUCAAGUUAUCUCUUCUGGCUGCAAACAUGGCUACAUCAAUCGCUUCUCAGUUACAGGCAAUCAAAUCCUACAUAAAAGCCGAUGCUGAGCCAACCAAAAGGCCCUUUACUCGACCAUCCAUCAUCUUCAACCCAAAAGAAGCUGCCGACAUCGAUCUGGAUACACUUUUCUCCAUUGCCCUCUCAGGUUUGGAGGUUCUCAUCAGCACGGAUGAGCGUUUCAGUAGUUAUAAGAACGACCUCUUCAGUCAUAAGAGUAGAGAGUUAGAUAGAGAGUUGAUGGGCGUAGAGGAAAACAAACGCAUUAAUUCAUCUAUUAGUUCGUUCCUUCGGUUACUUUCUGGACAUCUUCAGUUGCAUUCUGCCCUUAAGACACUCGAAUAUUUGAUACGCAGAUACAAGGUUCAUGUGUACAACACCGAGGAACUGAUACUCUGUGCAUUGCCUUACCAUGACACCCACGCUUUUGUUCGGAUUGUGCAGUUAUUGGACUUCGGAAAUAGUAAAUGGAGAUUUCUUGAAGGUGUCAAAACCUCUGGUGCACCGCCACCAAGAAAGGUUAUAGUGCAGCAAUGCAUCCGUGAUAUGGGGGUAUUGGUGGCGAUUUGCAACUAUGCAUUGCCACUGAAGAAGCAUCAACCUUCAAGACCAGUGGUGGGCUUUUGUACUGCGGUUGUGAUUGAGGUUCUUGGUUCCAUGCAAAUCAUUGAUACUGAUGCAGUGCAGAAAAUCAUUCCUUUUGUUCGUUCUGGCUUUCGACCUGCCACAAAAUGUGGACCAGAUCACAAGGCUGUGAACGUUGAAAUUAAUUAUACUGUGCAAGGUCUUCAUCUAUCAUUAUAA